AUGUAUAGAAAUAAAAACCUCCCCAUCACAUUGACAUUGACAUGGCCUCAUAAAUAUGUUAACUUUCCAGAUUUUACACAGGCACAAAAAUUACAGAUUAAACAACUACAUGAUAAAGAAGGAAUUAAAGAUCUCGGUACUAUAAUCAAAGCUUGCUCUAAUGUCGAGAUACCAAUUGACACAUUUGAGCUCUCUGUGAAAAUUAGAACGGUUUGUGUCUGUUCGACAACAUACUACGCUUUAUUGAAUAUUCCAGAAUUCCAGUCAAAGAAAGUCGACAAGGUUAAUAUUUUAGUAGUAGCUUUAAGGUAUAUUCGAUUUGAAUACAAUCAAAAUAUUCCAAGUGUCAUUACUUAA